AUGAAGCUCUCUACCGUUAAGGCUGCCGUGGGCUCGGCUCUAAUUCUAUUCUCUGCCCAACCCGCCGAAGCUCAUGAUGGUACUCACCGUCACCUUCACAAGUUGAAGUCCGGUCUGGGCCCCAACGAGGAAAUCGAGACGCUUGCUGAGAGGGAUGUCAUCAAGAGAACUUCUGACGGCAAGGCCAUUUGCAGUUUGCCCAGCGAUGGCGAUCUGGUCAAGGUCCCCGGUGCCAUGAACAAUGGCUUUGCCAUGAGUCCCGAUCAAGCCUGUGUUGAAGGAAGCUACUGCCCUAUUGCCUGCAAAGCCGGCAAAGUCAUGGCGCAAUGGGAACCUGAUUCGACCUACACGUACCCCUCGUCCAUGAACGGUGGCUUGUACUGUGGUUCUGAUGGCAAGGCCUCAAAGCCCAUCAAGGGCUCUCCCUACUGCGUUGAUGGAGCAGGUACCGUUGAGGUCUACAACAAGUGUGGCAAGACUUUGUCCUUCUGCCAAACUGUCCUGCCGGGCAACGAGGCUAUGCUCAUUCCGAGCGUCAUUGACAAGUCCAUCACUCUUGCUGUUCCCGACCCUAGUUACUGGUGCAGCACCAGUGCUCACUACUACAUCAACCCGCCUGGAGUUACGGAUGAGGGUUGUAUCUGGGGCGACUCCUCCAAGGCAGUUGGUAACUGGGCUGCCUACGUCGCGGGAGCCAACCAAGACGGUCAGGGCCGAACUUUCGUCACCCUCGGUUACAACCCCAUCUGGGAGGGUUCCGCGCUCAAGAACACGAAGCCUACCUACGGAGUCAGGAUCGAGUGCCCUGAUGGCGGCUGCAAUGGCACUCCUUGCUCCAUUGACCCCUCUGCAAAUGCUGUUGGGGAGGUGACCAGCAACCAAGCCGGCACCGGCGCUGGCAAUGCCAAGUACUGUGUUGUCACUGUCCCCAAGGGAAAGAAGGGCCGCAUCAUCGUCUUCCCUCUUGACGGAUCCGGAGGAAGCGACUCCGACGACUCUGACGAGAAGGAUACCAAGGUUGAAAUCAAGGUCGCCAAGUCUUCCGCCGCUCCAUCGCCCACUCCCACCCCGACUCCCACACCAACUCCUACUCCUACUCCUACGCCUACACCGACGCCGACGCCCCCCUCGUCCUCUUCCGCUGCGCCUUCCUCCAAGGCUGUCAAAAGCUCCAGCUCCAAGGCUUCCAGCGUCGCUACCUCCGCCUCCUCGACGACAUCAAGCGCCCCGACUGUCAUGGCCGGCAUGUUCCACGAGAACGACAACUCGACAACCACGUCCUCCGAUUCCGAUGGUACGACUUCCAAGCCCGCCACCGCCACAGAAACGGAAGAAUCAGCACCCGCCACGACCUCUAAGGAGAACGAAGGUGUUAGGCAAGGCGGUGGUGCCAUUGCCGGCCUCGUCAUCGCCUUCGUCGCAGCCACAUUCCUCUACUGA